AAUCUUAGUAAUCAAACACAAUUUUUGGGUGUUGUCCAUUGAUUUCAGAGACUGAAUAGGCUGAAAUAGGACUUCUGCAACAACAUCAAGAAAAUGCUGGGUUUGUCAGUCUUUGGCCUGUAUAUGGUGUUUGUGGUGUUCCUGCUAUUCAUGAUGAUAUGUGUGGCAAUAUACCUUAGUACAACCCCAUACCCAGAGAUCAUUCGCUAUGAUCAGGAGAAAACAUUUUUCACCAGCAAGAACAAGAAACAGACUGGCGAGUUUCCCUUUGGGAAGUUCAAGGCACAAGAUUCUGUGAAGCUCUCAGUGAUAGUGCCAGCUUACAAUGAAGAGCAGAGAUUGCCCAGUAUGAUGAAAGAGGCACUGGAGCACUUGGAGGCGCGUCGCGCCGCCGUGCCCGGCUUCACCUACGAGGUGAUUGUGGUCGACGACGGCAGCUCGGACGCCACCUCCGAGCUGGCGCUCCAGUACACCGAGAAACACGGCGCCGACCGGGUGCGCGUGCUGACACUGGAACGCAACCGCGGCAAGGGCGGCGCCAUACGCAUGGGCAUGCUGAGCUCGCGCGGCGAGUGGCUGCUGUUUGCGGACGCCGACGGCGCCACUCGGUUCUCCGACCUGGACCAGCUGGAGGCCGAGCUGAAGCCGCUGGCCACUGCCGCCGACUCAGCGGCCGUGGUGUGCGGCUCGCGCGCCCACCUCGAGAAGGAGAGCAUCGCGCAGCGCUCGCUGUUCCGCACCAUUCUGAUGAAGGGCUUCCACCUGGUGGUGCGUCUGUUCACCGUGCGCGACAUCCGCGACACCCAGUGCGGCUUCAAGCUGCUCACCCGGCCCGCCAUGCUGCUCUGCUUCGCCAACCUGCAUGUGGAGCGAUGGGCGUUCGAUGCGGAGCUUCUGUAUAUCGCCCAGCGACUGAAGAUGCCCAUCAAGGAGGUCGCUGUGCACUGGACCGAGAUCGAAGGCUCGAAGCUGACGCCGAUAAUCAGCUGGAUAGAGAUGGGCCUAGACCUGUUCUUCAUCUGGUUCCGGUACUCGAUCGGCGCCUGGCGAAUCCGUGACCAGUUGGACAGCAAAAAGUUCGAGUGAGCAGACAGGGACGAUGUGACCGCUCACUGAAGACGCCAGGCUGCCUGCCGCAGAGGCUGCCAGGUUUAAGGAUAGCUGGGGGUGAUCACGAUGGACCAAAGACACGCGGUGGUCGGGACGGGGGCGGUUGGGGUGCUGCAAGUGAUCCACGUUUGGACUGUGGUCGGGCUCGUCAACGAGUCCGAGCAGACGGCCGGUUGAGGCACGUACUCACGCAUACCCCUUCUCAGGUGACGUUUGGGCCAGAAAUCGCUGGGGAAGGGUCGGGGUGAGGCACUUUGGGCUGUGGGCACUGCGUGCAGAGCUCCGGAGACGGCACUGUGUGUUGUGAUAAUCGCUGAUUUGUGAUCAGAGGUGAUGAUUCGAUUUGCGUGUUUUGGUGGGCGUAGUUGGAUGCCAAGUUGCUGGGAUAAAUUUACCUGAAAUAUUUGUAACGCAGUCUGUUUGAUGAUGAAAUUAGAAGCUUUUGGAUCUGAAGAAUAGUCUCGUUAAUUUAGAUCCUUAAACGGAUGGCAUUUAGACCUAUUUCUGAAUUGAAAAUCUGUAUGGGUCAGAUGAGAAAGUCAGAUUAGAAUAUGGGUUGAAAAAGGCGUGAAGUCAUGUGCAACUGCUCGAAUAGAACAUGCGCACUGCAUACAGUACAGUUUGAAGAUUGCGUGCAGUCAUCUUGCUAUCAAGUGAAAUGAAAGUGUUUCUCCGAAUCUUUUAGUUUUAACCAGUAAAUCCGACCAAGAAAAACGUUUUUUACGGUUGAUAAAAAUGAAUAAUUUUAUAUUUUUAAAAGAGCUGAGGUUUUUAGAGCCCCAACCGUUUCUAGAGAAGUGAAGAUAAGGAAAUAUUUUAGUACCAUGAUCCCUCUGUCCUCUGUUGGAUUCCUGGAAAAUUAAUGCAUUCCAAUCUUAUUGCAGUAGCCAGUAAUUCUCCUUAACAUUUCAAAAUCUCGUCAUUUUCAGUGACAAAUUAGUGUGUUUGUGUGCGCGAGCUAAUGUGGGUUGAAAAAAGGCGUGAAGUCAUGUGCAACUGCUCGAAUAGAACAUGCGCACUGCAUACAGUACAGUUUGCAGAUUGCGUGCAGGCAUCUUGCUAUCAAUUAUUUCAAAAAAGAUAAGGUAAAAAUAGGCUUGCAAUCGACUCUUUAUUCGCUUUCAAACCAAGGACUACCUGCUAAAACAAGUAAAAACCACCAGUCGAUGAGGAACAGUCGAUCAUGUAUACGUAUGGAGGUGCGAGUAUAAUAAUCUUAUCCUUAUAUGCUGACUGUUGUGCACUGUGAAACAAUGGGAAAUCGUGUGUUGGUUAACAGAUGCGUUCAACUCAUCGUGAUCAUCUUCACUGUUCACUUGAUAUAGGAGAAACCUAAUGGGAUGUCCCCUAAGCACGUUUGGUUUUUGCGUUGUCGUCAUUGUUGGUCCCUUUGUGAUUUCUUCGUUGUUGUGGUUGUUUAUGACGAUCUUUGAUUGAAUGAUGUUAACGUUACAAGCAAAGACAUGUUUGCUGCACUUUGUUCUUUGGUAGGCAUUCGAAUCGUGGAAGCUUGUCUUUGCAGUUUGCGUGUAACGCAUAUGCAAGUUUUACUUUUCGUUGGGGCAAUGGGAGCGUUGAAGGAGCAUUUGCCAUCGUGUCCUUGAAUUGUGGAUAGUCUUGUUAGAAGAGCUGCAUGGAUCCCAUAUCGCUGAACAUUGUACAAUAUAAUACACGUAAAACUUGGG